UCUUCCAGGCUGUACAGGCUGAGGAACAACCACAGGAUCUCAGUGGCUGCUUCCUCCAAGCUGCUGUCUAACAUGAUGGUGGGUUACAGAGGCAUGGGCCUCUCUAUGGGAAGCAUGAUCUGCGGAUGGGACAAAGAGGGUCCUGGGCUGUACUAUGUGGACGAUAACGCGACCCGUCUGUCCGGCCGUAUGUUCUCUACCGGUUGUGGUAGCAGUUUCGCCUAUGGUGUGGUGGACAGCGGUUACCGGGAGGACAUGACGGUGGAGGAGGCAUAUGAACUGGGCCGCCGGGGCAUCGCUCACGCUACGCACAGGGACGCCUACUCUGGAGGGUUUGUCAACAUGUACCACAUGCGGGAGGAUGGCUGGAUAAAGGUGUGUAAGGAGGAUGUAUCCGAGCUGAUCCACCGCUACAGGGAGGGGAUGUUCUGAGUUUGACCCAGAUCAACCUAUUUUGUCAAUAUUUCAAUACUCUUUUUUCAAAAGUAUCUUGGAAUAGUUGACAUCUGAUUUUGGAAAUGAAUGACCCAACUUUGUCUCCAAGAGUGUGUGUUGCAUUCUUGAUUCGGGAUCAAUAAAUGUAGUGUAUGUAUGAGAAUGCUGCGUAGAACCAUUUAUUUAGCUACAUAAGAAGCUGAACUUUGCAAGAGCAUGUUGUCAUCCUGGUUUGAAGACUGUUUGUUUUUUGUUCUUUAUGGUGUGUAACGGAGGUAUUUUGUAUGUUAAUACGUACAAGGUUAUGUAAUGCAUUUUGCAUUUUAUUCUAACCAUGCAACCUCUAAAAAUAAUUGUACUAAUACUUUACAACACUCAGAUCCAAAUAAAGACUGUUGGUCAACUCAG